GUCAAUGACGUAGAGCGUGACGUCAUGGCUUACCUUCCCUCAUAUAAAGGGGAAUGAGAUCCUCAGAUCUAGUUUCGGACUGUUGCCACCAUGGUAGGAUCAACGUGGAUAGUUUUUAUUGGAAUUGCCAUCACCGGAGCUUUGUCAGUAUCUAUUGUCAAACGACAGAUAGACGGCCAGAAUGAUGCAGAACUUUGUAAGAACAGAUCUCCAAGUGAAUAUUUCCGUUUAACAGCUGAUGAUGACUGCAGGGAUGUUGUCAGGUGUUCUGUGCAAGGUCUUUUGGCUUUAAGAUGUCCUUCAGGUCUCGCUUUUGACAUCGAAAAGCAGACUUGUGAUUGGAAGAACAAUGUCAAAAACUGCGAACAACUCGAGAAGCCUCGCCUGGCAACGCCCCUUCUGGCAACUGACGAACCUCUGUGUGAAACAGGAAAGCUAGCAUGUGGUAAUGGAGACUGCAUAGAAAGAGAAUUGUUCUGUAAUGGCUUGCCAGACUGCAGCGAUGGAUCAGAUGAAAACGCAUGCACCGUGGACAGGGAUCCUAAUAGAGCUCCACCUUGCGACCAGACCCAGUGUGUUCUCCCAGACUGUUACUGCUCUCCUGAUGGAACACAAAUCCCUGGGAAAUUAGAACCCAAUACAGUACCCCAAAUGAUCACCAUCACAUUUGACGAUGCAGUCAACAACAACAACAUCAUCGUUUAUGAAAGAAUCUUCAAAGAAGGCAGGAACAAUCCCAAUGGAUGUUCGGCUAAAGGAACUUUCUUUGUCUCCCACAAAUACACCAAUUACUCAGCUGUCCAGGAACUUCAUCGCAAAGGACAUGAAAUUGCAGCUCAUUCUAUCACGCACAGAAAUAAUGAAAAAUAUUGGACAGAGGCCAGUCUGGACACUUGGGCUAAAGAAAUGGCUGGUGUUAGACUUAUUUUGGAACGCUUUGGAAACAUUACUGACAACUCCAUUGUUGGCGUCAGGGCACCUUAUUUGAGAGUCGGAGGCAACAGUCAGUUUUCCAUGAUGGAAGAACAAGCCUUCCUUUACGAUUCUACCCUCACCGCACCUCUCAGCAACCCACCACUUUGGCCAUACACCCUUUAUUUCAGGAUGCCCCACAAAUGUCACGGAAACGGACAGAAUUGCCCAACUAGGUCACAUGCUGUUUGGGAAAUGGUAAUGAACGAACUGGAUCGUAGGGAUGACCCCAACUUCGAUGAAGAGCUAGCUGGUUGCGCUAUGGUGGACAGUUGUAGCAAUAUCAUCUCCGGCGAACAAUUCUACAAUUUCUUGAAUCACAAUUUUGACAGGCAUUAUAAGACAAACCGAGCACCAUUGGGUCUUUAUUUCCAUGCUGGUUGGUUGAGGCUGAAUCAAGAUUACUUGGAUGCCCUUGUUCAAUGGAUGGAUGAAGUUCUGGGAAAGAAUGAUGUGUACUUUGUUACCAUGACUCAAGUUCUCCAAUGGAUGCAAUCCCCUUCAGAGUUGUCAUCCAUUAGGGAUUUUGCACCAUGGAAAGAAAAGUGUGAUGUGAAAGGUCAAGCGUAUUGUUCCCUGCCAAAUGCCUGUCCUUUGACAACAAGAGAGCUUCCAGGAGAAACCAUUCGACUUCACACAUGUAUGGAAUGUCCUCAAAAUUAUCCCUGGAUAGAGGAUCCCACAGGAGAUUAUUUUGCUUUUAAGAAAUGAGUGAACUGAUUACCAUUUUGUAUUAUUUUUUUUUAUAUUUGAGACUUUUUUUUUUUCAGGGUUCAAAUUUCCUUUUGCAGUCAUCCACUUGUUUUUUACAAAUUUUGCAGAUCUUUAGUUUUUCUGAAAAGUUAUGCAUCCGUAGAGUAACAUCCUUGCUGUUUACUAGCAAUUACUGAGGAAAAUUCGAACAUUUCCUCUUUUUGUGCCACGGGCCUGUUACGAUAAAAUAAGAACAUAAUUAUGAAGUCUUAGAACAACCAAUACCUUAAACCCAACUUUUAAUUUUAACUGAACCCUGUUUAAGGAAAUUUAAGAUAAAGAUGCCAAAGUGGUUAACCACUAACAGAAAACAAAUACAAAAAAACGGCUUGUAAAUACAUAUUUUUUAUCUGAAUGCAAUGACAGAAACACUUAUGUUUCUCAUCAUCACCAAUCUGCAGGUCAAUGUGACAAAUAAGCCUGCACAGGAGACUAAAAUUUGCUCCAUUGUUAAAGAAACAUCGUGAUUUAAUAGCUAAUGCUGUGAUCAUUCUAAUUAUUUUUAGUUGUAUUAGUCACAGCUAAUAUUUCAUAAACUAUAAAUAUCUUUCUUUUUUUUUAAACUUAUUUACAAUCUAAUUUAACACAGAUUUACAUAUUAUAUUUUUUCCCGAUUUAGAUAAACAUAAUACCAAUGACACUUCUUAAUUCAAGAAAUGCACUACCAAUAACAAAAUAUUACCAAUGUCUCUUUAAAAAUACCCGAUAAUGUGCAUAUAUAUAUAAAAAAAAAAGAUCUAAAGACUAAAAUAUUUCGUAAUGAAAAGCAAUAAGUAACAUUAAUUAAUAAUAAGAAGAAUUUAUUUCGAUUAUACUAAUGCAUCAGAUCUCUUAUUUGUUUAAAAAUUAGUACAGAUUAGUAACAACAAACAUUAUUUAAUUUUUUUUUUUUAUGUUGAUCUACAAAUAUUAUUACUGGAAAUUUUAUCAUCGAAAUUAUAAAUAAACACUACUGAUCCGAAAAACAGAUGCUAAAUGCACUGAAAUGUCAUUAAUGCUGUAAAUUUACAUUUUAAUUAUUAAAAUUUGAAUCUUCAAUUUGUACAUACUUCAUCUAAGUGGUUCCUAAAACAAGUCAAACUAGAAGCUGUGACUAAUAUUGUGCUGCAAUAAAGUGUACUUUUGUUUAAUAGAA